CAUCAAUUUUGAAAGGAAAAUUUAUUUAUUUUUAGAAGCUAUGUAACUGAAAAUUUUCAGAAAUUGAUAUUAGAUAAAUACCGUAUUUUUAAAAUUAUAAGCAUUAGAUAUAUGGAAAGUGGACUGAGCGUGUCACUUGAAUCAGGAACAUAUAUAUUAACUUAGAUAUACUUUACCCAGCUUUAAUCAACCAUGGCGCGUAAUAAAUCUGAAACAACAGUGUACCAUCACACAAGCAAAGCGGGGGCUCGUGCAAUUCUGAAAUCCGGUCGCAUAAAGCAAUCAGAUAACAGGAAAGGUGACGCACGCUACGGUAAGGGGACUUAUGUGACAAGAAUGGGACCACAGAGAUCAAAAGAUAAGAUUGCACAGAACAACUACGACGGUGCAACAAACUAUUGGGAACAGCAAAAAGAUAAGGGUAAAACUGAUGUAGCACUCGAAAUUAAAAUGUCGAAACAUAGAGUAACUUCUAUAAAUGCAACUAGAAGGGAUAUCCACAAGGUUAAAGGAGAUAUACUUGCCAGAUAUAUACAUAAGAUUCAUGUUCGAAAAGACGGUGAAGUGUCACUUUAAUCAAUCAUGGCGCGUCAUCAAUCUGAAACAACAGUGUACUAUCACACUAGUAAAGCGGGAGCACGUGCAAUUCUGAAUUCAGGUCGGAUAAAGCAAUCAGAUAGCAGGUAAGGUGACGCAAGUAGUAAGGGGACCUAUGUUACAAAAAUGGGACCACAGAGAUCAAAAGAUAAGAUUGCAAAGAACAAUUACGACGGUGCAACAAACUAUUGGGAACAGCACAGAGAUAAGGAUAAAACUGAUGUAGCACUAGAAAUAAAAAUGCCGAAAAAUAGAGUAAAUUCUAUAAAAUCAACUAGAAGGGAUAUCCACAAGGUUAAAGGAGAUAUACUUGCCAGAUAUAUACAUAAGAUUCACGUUCGAAAAGACGGUAAUCAAAAUAUGUUUACUACGUUUCUAAAUCCGAAGAGUAAAAAAUAGGGCAACCCAUAGCAUGUGUUCUUCUAAAAUAAAUUGGAUAGUGUACAAUACCAUAAACAUGCAUGUUUAUAUUAAUCACUUUGUUGUACCGUCUUCAUGCAAAAUGUUCACAUGUUUAUUUUUACAUUGUUU